AUGUUGUUAUUCCAUGGCAUACCAGAGAAGAAGCAGGAAGACUGCUCUCAGGCUGUGUCGAAGGUGGUUGCCGAUGUCAUCAAAGCUGUAUUAAGAGGUGUCACAGAAUGGGGCGUUCUUCUCUUUCAACCAACAAACCUCGACCUAUUCUUGUCAAGUUGCAAAAGAGCAUGUUAUAACAUCUUUAUGACAUUGCGAGAAAAGCUCAGAAUUGAUAGAUGCUGGACUAGGGAGGUACACGUUUUCGUUUUUGGUCAAGAUAACACUCGACAUCGCAUCACUGACCUAGCGGAUCUCCAAGUUAUCGAAUCAGCUAUGCCUAAGACGGUUGUUACUUCGAAGAUUGCACCGAAAACAAAGCGGGCUGCUAUCGCGAAGAAAUAG